CCGAUCAGCCGCAGAUCUUUGCCCUGCUCUUGCGCUGGAAACCUAUGACAUAGAGAUGGGCUCACGGGGCCCGUGGGCUUGAGAUCAGUCUAUGCAUGUAUUGUAAAGAUUCACGAUCUGCAUCAUUCAGCAUCUGCACGUCCACCCACUGAUUCACAUCUCACCGCGGAACACCAUUAAGAGGAACAGAACACCACCAUACAGCAUGUUCCUACUCUGAGUUAACCAUUUUAAUGUUUAGAACCCGUAUUUUGUGCGACUCUUUCACGUUGGUCAUUGAGAUGCGAUGCGCUCUUCAUUGAGGAGCUGCGGACUGGCGUGAGCGCGUUAUUAUUAAUCAGCUUUCAUAAGGCGCGCGAGCUGGGCGCUUGUGUUAGACAGGUGUUUCGUUUGUGUUUCGACCACCUGCUCUGGUGCCAUGAUGUUAGGGCAGUCUCCACACCUUAUCGGGGGAAUCCUCUGGAUUCAAAACCCAAUGCGAGCUGUUCACUGCAAUCUGACCCAGAAUGGGAUUGACCAUCAGGUGUGUGCAGAGGAUGUGACCUCACACCUGGAGGAAGUGUCUGUUGAUCAUGGACUGGAUGAUGACAGCCAAGGCUUUCAGGACCAGAGUCCUGGUUUCCAGCGACGAUCUCCACCUCAGCGCUCCGUCUCAGAAUCUGAGCUCUCCAGGCCGGGAACUGUGAAGCUGUCCAAACCAGUGGCGCUGUGGAGCCAGCAGGACGUGUGUAAAUGGCUGAAGAAACACUGUCCCAAUCAACACCAAGUCUACAGUGACUCCUUCAAGCAGCACGACAUCACAGGUCGAGCUCUGAUGAGGCUCACUGACAGGAAGUUGGAGCGUAUGGGCAUCAUGCAGGAGAGUCAGAGACAGUACAUACUACAGCAGGUCCUCCAGCUCCGUGUCAGAGAAGAGGUCCGUACUCUGCAGCUGCUCACGCAAGCCUCUCUGGAGAGUUCACCGUAACUUGAGCAUUCCUGGAGAUCCUCUGUUCCUUGUCCAUCUUCUCAGACGUCCACAGCACACACCAGACUCUGCAGUCUUCCUCCAGUCCAGUUCUCUUAAAACUCUCCUAAAGCAGAUCUAGACCCUCCCUCUGACAGUCCUAAAAAUGGAUCCAACUGAUCUUCAGUAGCUCUUUACAGCAUAUCAGAUCCAAACUCGAAGAAUCGCCUGGACUACUGAUGUUCUCUUUUGGACAUUGUGAAAGACCUGCUGCUGAAUUAUCUUGUUUGUUGUAUGUAAUCCUUUCUUCCUGGCAGUGCUCAGCACACAGCCUGUUAGCAAAUCAGACUAGCAUGAUGUUCUAUGACAUGCCCUGGACUUCCUGGAACAGUACGGAAGAACAGUAUCUAUCUAUCUGUCUCUCUAGAUAGCUGUCUGGCUAACUAGCUAUCUAUAUAGG